AUGGCUAAGUUAGUCGAUAUUUACAAUUGCGAUAAAGAUCCCCUUAUAAAGCGGCGACAAUUGCCUUUAGUUAUAUACGAAAAUUUAACUAUGAUUAUGGAUUUAAAUAGUAUGGGCCUAAUUUGCGACAAUCCGCAAGUUAAAGGUCGCGAGUAUGAAGAAUUUAUGCGCAAGUACAGAAUUCUUACGACAGACGAAUUAAAAGCAGCGCUUAGGGUUGACGCCUCUGAUAUAUUUAACGUUUUAAACCAAAGCAUUCCUUGUGUUGGCUGUCGGAGAAGUGUUGAAAGACUUUUUUAUCAGCUUUGUAAAUCAGGACAUCCAACCUUAGACCCACUAAUCAUCACACCUGAUGAAAUUAUGUCCAUUAAAGAGGAUAAAAUCACACAUCCACAGUCAUUGGCUACUUUAUUAAACGGUCACAGUACGGGGUUAGAAUGCCUAUUACUCAGCCAGCCUAGGUGGAAGAAAUCACAAAGGUGUACACUUCAUUCUUUAGAAGCGGGUAGUGCAAGAGGUUGGGGUGCAACAGUCGGUUGUGGCUGGGGCGGCCGGGCGGCUUGGAAGGCUGCCUGGGACGCCAUGAGAGCCUCCGCCAGGGAACAUGUCACCCUCGUCCACUUUAACACUCUACACGAUACUCUUCACAACUAUUUGAGGAAGCAUAGAUUUUGUGCAGAUUGUAAGACUAAGGUUUUGCGAGCUUAUCAGUUACUUGUUGAAGAAAAAGAACCUCAAAAGGAAAAGGGAUAUGUUGGUGCCUUAUAUGGGGGUAUAAAACGUUGUUUGUUAGACAAACACCUACAUUUGGAAGCUAAGACAGAUUAUAUAGCACACCUUAUAACCAGGGCAGAACCCGAGUUGCUUGGUAAUCACCGUGAACGGCAUGCCAAGACAUUAGAAAUAGCGCAAGAAGAGGUGUUAAUUUGUCUGGGAAUAUGUAUAUAUGAGCGUCUCCAACGCAUAUCUUUAAGGUUGCGUGAAGAGGAAGGCACAUGUCAGGCCCUUGUAGCUGUUGGUAUUGAAGCACUCUAUCGAAAAUUUGAGACUGCCGUUGAGCUUAAGAGCGGAGUGUCUAAACUUCAAUUAUUAUAUGAUGAAAUAACACAAGAAGAAUUAACAAGACAACAGAGGAAGGAACAGAAAAAACUUAAACGGCGUAAGAAGAAGGAACGACAAGCUGUUGAAAGCAAGUGCAAGGAAGGAGACUCCGAGGAACCAGAAGAAAAGUGUGAAUGUGAAGAAUGCUUACUAGAAGAAAGAGACACUCCAAUGGAUCUAAUGUCCCCAGAUUAUAACCAGUGUUGUGAUGUGAUACAGUCUAAUGUUGGUAGCUGCCAGUCAUGUCAAGACGACUAUUGUUUACCCAAGAAAUCAAACGCAAAGUUUCUCAAAAAUAAUCUUUUGGCAAACUGUAGUCACGACUGUGGAUAUUCGUCGGGUAAUAACAUUGGGUGCUGUGAAACAAUGUCUGGUUCUUCAUCACUUAUGAGUUCACCGGAAGGCUCUGAGGUUGCUUGUUCUGAAGGAUUCUGCAAUCACGAGAGAGGGGACUGUCUAGACUUACCAAAACAUGAAAAAAUAUCUUGUUCCGGUUUCACACUCUCCUUGCAGGAAAUGCUGGACACAUGUUCUUCAGAUGAAGAACAAGACACUUGUUACAUACCCAUAGAAGAAGUUCUGGAAUUCAAAUCACGAAGGAACAUAACUGAGAAACGUCAAGAACUGAGACAGAAUUUACGACAAAAGUUUGCUCAGCUUUGUGUGAACACACCCCACUCACAGCCUGUGGCCGUACAGAGAAAAAAACAAGUCUAG